AUUGUAUUAUUUGAUGUUAAACAUUCUCCUAGCGCUGUUUCUUUUCCCGUAAAAAAUGUUCUAUCUGGUGUUAAUAGAAUAUAUAACCCAGCCCACAGAAAGACGGAAAAACACAGCAAACACGAGGAGGCAGUGGUAUUUUUUUUUAUAGCAUUUUCCUUUAAGAUGAUGUAAGAGUUUAUUCCCCAGGAUGGUUUCUCCUGGCACUGCUCAAGCAACAGCAACUGAACCGCUUUGAUAGACCUCGGUACCACCCUGCUCAGUUCCCAGAGCGUCAGCGCAGCUCCGCGCAGAACUCCAGCUAUCUCUGCAGAGCAAGGCUGCCACAUCUGCUAUUUCUAUCACAGCGCUGGCUACGCGAGCAACAUGCGUUGAUGCUUUUAACACAGGAUGCGCGUGGACGUAUCAACUUUGAUCAGUUUGGGAGAGAAUUAAGGAGAGAAUUAAGGAAGUGUUGUUUUUUUUCAAGGUGGUAUUCCAUAUCAUUGGAAUACCUAGUGUGCCAUUCUUUGAAGUUAUUUGGGACCAGUCGAGAUCCAUGUUAAUGAAGACGAGAUUAUUGCUAUUGUAUGGAAGCAUCCCUGUUCAAGGACUAUCUAAUUUAUAAAAAAGCAAAAUAAAAGCUUUUUUAACGGGAAAUAUUUAACAAGAUCUUACAGCACUAAGGUGAGCAUGUCUUAUUACCGGGUUGUAUGCUUUAGUGGUUAUUGCAGAGGAAAAAACGACAAGAGAACAAACAACUCCUGCUUUUUUUAAGUCCUGGUGAUUUAUAUUCAUAAAAUUUAGCGUCUGCACACUGACGCCUUUUGAGUAAUCGUUUUUUACUCAUUUGGUUGCUGUUGAGUGAAAAUAGAUGUAGAACAGCUGAUAUCAGUUUAUAGCGCACAGAACAUUCAUUUUCACAAUUAAACGUGCAAAACCUUUUUCAGAAUUUUUCUUUUCUUUUUUUAUCAUGAACUUUUUUUAAAAAAAGUGCAACUAAUAAGUGCAAUUAAUUGAUACAUUGAUAUUUUGUGUGUGACGUCGAAUUAUUUUAAAAAACGUUUCAGACACUCACAGCUGGACUAACCGUUCCAUUGGACAUUGUAGAUUAUGCUAUGAGGAGAUUGAUGUGUUUGUUUUGUGUGCCUAGUGCUUUCCUCCAAACAACAGAUCGCACACUGUUCUAACCUAGUGAUCUUUUUUUAAGAGAAUAAAAACCGAGUGGUGCUUUUUUUUUUUUUUUUUUUAAAGGUGCCUGAUACAUUUUUCCAAGUUUUCUGUGUAGACACCGGCUCGAAGAUUUUUGUGUGUAUGACUGAAACGAUGGCUUUGAGUGGGAACUGUAGGACUUACCCUCCGACAAAAGAACAGGGGUCUGUUCAGAAUUCUUUCCCCGAUGUUGUAGAGCUUAAUGUGGGUGGGCAAGUCUACUUCACCCGCCAUACCACCCUAAUUAGCAUCCCCAACUCCCUACUUGGAAAAAUAUUCUCUCCAAAAAAGGAUCUCACCAAUGACUUGGCAAGGGACACCAAGGGACGAUACUUCAUUGACAGGGACGGGUUUUUAUUUCGUUACAUAUUGGACUAUCUCAGAGACAAGCAAGUGGUUCUCCCUGACCACUUCCCGGAGAGAGGAAGGCUGAAAAGAGAGGCGGAAUAUUUCCUGCUGCCCGAGCUGGUCAAAAUCUUGACCCCCGAUGACCUUAAGCAAAGCCCAGAUGACCUAUUUCAUAGUGACUUUGAGGAGGCAUCGCAAGGCAGCGAUCAAAGGAUAUGCCCACCGUCUUCAUUAGUGCCGGCUGAUAGGAAAAAUGGCUUUAUUACGGUGGGAUACAGAGGGUCUUGCACCAUGGGCCGAGAGAGCCAAGCUGAUGCCAAGUUCCGAAGGGUGCCGAGAAUCUUGAUUUGUGGAAGGAUAGCUUUAGCCAAGGAGGUCUUUGGGGAUACCUUGAAUGAGAGCAGGGACCCGGACAGGCCACCUGAGAAGUAUACAUCCAGGUUUUAUCUCAAGUUCAAACACCUGGAACGAGCUUUUGACAUGCUGUCAGAGUGUGGAUUCCUGAUGGUUGCCUGUAAUUCUUCAGUGACAGCAUCCUUUGUCAAUCAAUACACGGAAGACAAGAUUUGGUCCAGCUACACAGAAUAUGUCUUCUACCGUGGUCCUUCCCAGUGGACGCCCCCUCACUGUGAUUGCUGCUGCACAACCAACAAGGUAGACCAUGAAGGGGAGAGUGGGACGUCCUUCAACGAACUCUCCACCUCCAGCUCCGAGAGCCAAUCCGAGGCAAGCUCUCCGCAGGAAACAGUCAUCUGCGGGCCGGUAAGCCGCCAGCCCAACAUCCAGACUCUUGACCGGCCCCUAAAGAAAGGCCCCGUGCAGCAGCUCCAGCAGUCCGAGCUGCGCCGGAAGAGCGACCUGCUGAGGACUCUGACCAGCAGCUCCCGCGAAUCCAACAUUGGCAAAAAGAAACCCGCCAAGGAAAAGCUGACCAUGGAGGAAGAGCUGGAGAAAUGCAUCGAGGAUUUCCACAAAAUCAAAAUUCCAGACAGAUUCCCGGAGAGAAAAUACAUGUGGCAAUCUGACCUCCUUAGGAAAUACCGUCUUUAAAACAAAUAAUAAUAAUAAAAAUAAUAUAUAUAUAUAUAUA